AUGGCGCCGGUCAAUACGAAGCGACGGAGAGUGGAGGACGAGGUGCGGCGGCCAAAGAAGAAGAUCCGCGUGAGGAAACAGCCGGCAUACCACAGCUCGUCAGAGGACGAGGGCGAGGAAGAUGUCGCAGAGGAGCAAAGACCGCAGAAAGCAAAUCCGAGAUCGAUCUUGAAGCAGUCGGCACAAUCGAAGCAGAAGCAAGUGGUAGAAGAGGAGGACGAAGAUGAGGCCUCAGCGUCAGAAAUUGAAGGCCUCGAGGAUCUAGAUGAAGCCCAGCGCAAUGCCGCGCUCAACGUCAUACCCGGCGCAGAAGGCGACGAGUCUGGAGAGGACGACGAGCAAGCAAGCGACGAAGAUGCAGACAUAGGAGACAGCGAAGUUGACAAUCUGGACGAGUCAUCCGCCGACGAAGACGAAGUCACACCCUCAGAAACUUCCCUGACCUCAAGCCAAGCCGCCAAACGAAAACGAAAUGACCCGGCGGCGUUCGCAACGAGUAUAUCACGAAUUCUCGAUACCAAACUCACCACAGCCAAGCGCGCCGACCCGGUGUUGUCAAGAUCAAAGACAGCUGCGGAGGCCAACAAGUCCAUCCAGGACAGCAAAUUGGAUUCGGCAGCCCGCGCGCAAAUACGGUCCGAGCGCAAAGCCGCGCUCAACAAGGGCCGCGUGACAGACCUGCUUGGCUUAGAGGAUACUGGAGUAGAUACGGGAAAGGUGGUCGAAGAGGAGAAGCGGCUAAAGAAGAUUGCGCAACGAGGUGUGGUGAAGCUGUUCAACGCUGUGCGAGCGGCGCAAGUCGGGGCAGAGAGGGCGCAGAAGGAGAGUCAGGGUGGUGAUGGUGGGGGAGGUGUGGUUGGGAGGAAGCAGAGGGAGGAGAGGGUCAGUGAGAUGAGCAAGGAGGGAUUCCUGGAGAUGAUAUCAAAGGGCAGGGGUGCGGCAGCAUAG